CCCCAAUGCACAUCAUGAACAUUGCAACACAGUCUACAUACCACCUCCCCCCCCCACCUUUUUGCUUCGCGGCAACCUUUCCCGCCACCCAGUAACAUCAACACACGGGUCAAGGGACUGCGACAAGCAAUCAAAUAUGUGGAGCAAUAAUAAAGACAUGUUUUUUCCCUUUAUUUUGAUAUGGGGCGCAUUUCUCGUGUCUGAGAUGAACAAGUCAUUAUCCUACACGACCGAGCCAGCCUGGAGGGAAGCCAUGCGUAGUGUUUGGGAUAUCGCUAAUCUCCGAGCAGUUUGUGUUCAUAGCUACCAGAUGGAGCUGGAUCUCAUUCACCACCCCCCCCCUCCCGCUCCUCCCUCACUCACAUCGACCAACUUGGUGCUCACAUCUGUUAAUAUUUUUUGUUAC